AUGCAUUUCACCAAGAAAAUCGACAAGGCCUUCCAAUGGGCCGGAGAGAAGGUGGGCGGACAGGCCCGAACGACGCACUCGGAUGAGUUCAAGAACCUCGAGACCGAGAUGGCUCUUCGACAGGAUGGUAUGGAGCGCCUCCAGAAGUCAAUGGGCGGCUACGUCCGGUGGAUCUCGCGCCGCAGCGAGGUCCUCGAGGACAAGGAGAAGGGCUCUCCCGUGGCGCACCUGGGCCGCACGAUGGCCACCCACGGCGAGGACUUUGAGCAAGACUCGGAGUUUGGAAACUGCCUGCUCUCCCUGGGCCGUGCCAACGAGCGCAUUGCCGGCAUUCAGGAGACGUAUGUCGACUGUGCCACGGCGACGUGGUUCGACAGCUUGGACCGAAGCUUGGCCAUGAUGAAGGAGUACCAGGCUGCUCGCAAGAAGCUCGAGAACCGACGCCUGGCCUACGACGCCAGCACCGGCAAGCUGGGCAAGGCUCGACGAGACGACUUCCGAAUCGAGGAGGAGGUCCGAAUGAACAAGGCCAAGUUUGAGGAGUCCAGCGAGGACGUGAUCCGCCGCAUGCAGGACAUCAAGGAGUCCGAGGUGGAGAGCAUCUCGGCCCUGACGCAGUUCCUCGAAGCCGAGCUGGACUACCAUGAGCGAUGUGCCGAUGAACUGCGCCGCGUCCGCCAGUCCUGGGCCGGAGCUGCUACACCCUCGCCAACCUACGGAGCACGACCCCCCCAGCCUCAUGUCGCUCGAAGCCGGUCCAACACGGCUCGAUCCUGGCAGGAGCCUCGCCAAAACUCCGUGUACGAGGAGCCGGAGCCGGAGCCGGAGCACGCCCCGGAGCCCGUUCGUAUCCCCAACCGUUCUCCCAGCAGCCGCCGCCUCGCACCGCCGCCUCCUCAGCCUUCGCGUCCUUCUAUGGCGAGAGCCUCUACCUUUGAGGGCAGAACCUCCAACUUUGAGCCGAGAACAUCCACGCCCCAGGCCAGCCUCCGACCCGUUGGAGCGCCACUCGCGCGAGUUGCAACGAUCGACAACAGCGCGUACAACGGUAGAGAACGAGACAGCAACGACGUCUUCUCCGACGACACCUCAACGCCCAGUCGAAGCGCCAGCCCCGACGGUUGGGGCCAUCGCAGCGCCAGCCCUGCCACCAGCUACGGAAGCAUAAGCAGGAGUACGAGUGCGCUGGGCAACAAGAAGGCUCCUCCGCCGCCUGUGAACCGCGCCAAGAAGCCGCCGCCUCCUCCCCCUGCGCGGAGAGAGAACUUGGGCUACUGA